AUGAUUAUUCCAAUUAAAGUUUGUUGUGCAACAGAUUUAAUUUCAAAAAUAAUUAAAGAAAAUGAUAGUGGUGGACGUGUUUUACUUGUUGUUUGUCAAUCUGGAACAGACGUCAUUGCUAUUUUUACGGAUAACAUUCAGUUAAAACCAAUAUUAUUUUCAUACAAUAUGUCUGGUGAAAGUACAGAUUCUGAAUGUAGAUCUGCACAUAAUAAUAGUCGAUCACAUUCAUUAUUACGUCAAGUUCGUACUAGAUUACGUGGUAAAAGUUCAUCUCGAUUUCGUGCAGCAACAACAACGACAUCAACAACUGAUGAAUCUUCAUCUAUUUCAUUAACUCAUUCGAAACAUCAAUCAUUUGAAAAUAUUGAUAAUAUAAAAAAACGUGUAUCAAACCAGUCUACAAAAAAACCACAAGUUGCAUUUUCGCAUCGUUUAUCUUUACUCAGUCAAGUUAAAUCACAUAUUAUUGGAACUCGUAAAUAUCGUUUAACUACACCAUCAAAUUGGAAUGAUGAUGAUAACAAUAAUAAUUUUCGAUCAAAACGAUCGAUUAGUUUUUUUUCAGAGACUCAACUAUCGUCUACAGGUGAAAGUACCCAUAAUAUAUCGGCUGCUGAAACUAAUGGGACUUCAUCAGAAUCGGAUGCCCAAAUAAUAACACAGGUUUCAAAUGGUAAUAUAAAGACGAUGGUAUUAAAUGGCUCCUUAGAUAUGACAGUUGAAGAAAAAGAAACUAAGCCAGCUGCACAAGCUAAACACGUUGAACAAGUUAAGCCAAUUGAACUACCUAAAUCAGCUGAACAAGCCAAGCCAGUUGAACAACCUAAACUAGCUGAACAAGCCAAGCCAGCUGAACAACCUAAACCAACUGAACCAGCCAAGCCAGCUGAUCAAGCUAAGCAAGUUAAGCCAACUGAACAAGCUAAGCAAUUGAAGGCAGUUGAACAAGCUAAGCAAGCUGACCGAACAGCAAGUCCGAAUCGAAUAGAUUUAAAUAAAUUUAAAGAUUCAUUAACUGAACGUGCAAAAUCCGUCAUGCCAAAAGCAACAUCAAUGUUUUCUAAUUCACCACCACCAACACCAAUAAAUAAUCCUGAUCAAGUUUAUUGGACUGAAAUUUGUAUUGAACGAGGAAAUAAUUUAGCUGUUAAAGAUAUUGGUGGUUCAAGUGAUCCCUAUGUUAAAGUAGUUUAUGGUACUGAAGAAAAAUAUACAACAAAUACUGUUACAAAAAGUUUAAAUCCUGUAUGGAAUGAAAAAUUUACCAUAUUUACAGAAGAUUUAACAGUUCCACUUUAUUUUCAACUAUAUGAUCAAGAUCGUAUUGGACGAGAUGAAUCAAUGGGUUCAGUAAAAAUGGAUUUAUGGAAACUACCAUUUGAAAGAUUAUAUAAUGCAUCACUUGAAUUAGAAAAUGAAGAAAGAAAUGAUGGAAAAAAUGGAAUACUCAAAAUUAGUGUUACAAUAACACCGAAAACAGUUGAAUUUCGUGAUGAAGUUCUUCGUAGUUUAGCAAAACAGUCGCAAACGAAAUCUUUAUUUGGUGGUCGAUCAACAAAUGCUGGUGUUAUAUUACCUCGACGUACAAUUGAUGUUUUCAUAGUUGAAGGACGAAAAUUAAAACCAAAUGGCGUUAAUAAACCAUGUAGUCCUUAUGUUAAAAUUAAAUUUGGAAACAAAAAAAAUCGCAGUGCGACAAUAAAAUCAACUCUUAAUCCUCAAUGGCAUCAAUCAUUUAUGUAUGAUACAUUUGCUGGUGAUCUUCAUCCAAUAGAAUUAAUAGUUUUCGAUGAAACUGGUGGUUCCGAACAAUUAGUUGGCCGUGGACUUUGUAAUAUUGCUCAUUUGGACGAAGAAAGAACACAUCGAAUACCCGUUGAUUUAGAAGAUGAUGCUGGUGUAAUUGAAUUAUUCGUGACAAUUACACAAACAACAGCAUUACAAGAAGCUACAAGUGAUGGUGAUAGUUCAACUAAUGUUGCACUUGAAUCAAUGCCAUCAAAAUUAACCGAAAAAGAUAUAAAUCAUUAUACUUUUUUGAAUACACUUAAAUCAAUGAAUCCAAUAACUGAUAUUGGCAAGCUUGAAAUCAAAAUUUAUCAAGCUCGUGAUCUUAGUUCAAAAGAUCUUACUGGUAAAUCGGAUCCAUUUUGUAUUGUUGAACUUGAUUCAACUCGUUUACGUACACAUACUAUUUAUAAAACAUUGGAUCCUGUUUGGAGUAAAUCAUUUGUUAUACCAGCGCAAGAUAUACAUUCUGUAGUUGAAUUAACUAUUUUUGAUGAAGAUACAAAUAAAAGUACGGAAUUUAUUGGUAAAGUUGCAAUACCAUUAUUAGCUAUAAAAAAUGGUGUAAAGAAAUGGUAUCAAUUAAAAGAUCAAAAAUGUCUUUUACCUGUUAAAGGCGCUAUUGAAAUUGAAGCAACAUUUGUUUAUACACAACUUAAAGCAGUUAUUCGAACAAUUAAUCCAAGACAAACUGCAUAUUAUCAAAUAGAUGAAAAAUUUAGUAUUGGUGCUAUUAAACAAAGUAUAGCACGUAUUACAAAUAUGAUGUCAGGUUUCAUUAAUGUUAUGAAAUUCAUCGAUCAUACUUUUCAUUGGGAAAAUCCAUAUUUAAGUUUCGGUACUUUUAUGGCAGUACUUACUAUGGUUUGGAAUUUUGAAUUAUGGAUGGCACCUUGUUCACUUUUGUUAAUUUUUGUACGAAAUUUAAUUAACGAAUAUCAAAGUGGUCGUCUUGGAACUGCUUUUACAGGUACUGGCGAUGAAUUACUACCGACUCUUGUACAACCAUCUCCAGAAGACGAUGAAGUAGCAGAAGUUGAUCCUAAUUCUAAGGAACCUAAGAAAUCAUUUUUGGGCGCUAUAGCAGGUAUUCAGGAUACAAUUAAGGAAUUACAAGGUACUAUUGAUGGUGUUGCUUCAACAUUAGAACGACUUAAAAAUGUAUUUAAUUUUACUAUUCCUUGGCUAUCUAAUCUUCUUAUGAUUACUCUUGUUCUUGUUUCGGUUCUACUUUAUUAUGUUCCACUUCGCGCUUUAAUUCUUGCAUUUUUUAUUAACAAAUUUACAAAAUAUUUCCGUAAACCGAAAGGUUUCAUUGAUAAUAAUGAAGCAGCUGAUUUUAUAUCAAGAUUACCUUCGGAUCCUGAAUUAAUGCAAUAUCGUGAACUUAAAGUUGUUGCACGUAUACCACCAGCAGCUAAGAAGACCAAAAAAUAA